GCGUAACAGAACAUACUUGCAAGCCACAAACCCACCCUGUCCCAACAUUGAUCACAUAACUUACAUACUCGUCGAAAAGUUCGAGUCCAUCUUAGUUGAUCGUGCACACCAUGGCGUCCAAGAACCAAACUGUUGUCGAGUCCCAGAAGCCCGCGCCGCCUGCGGCCUUUGUCGCAUCGGGUUCUAACGGCUCUGUAGAGAGAGCUUCAGGUUCCGUUGCUGUUGGCAUCUCCGAUGGCCACGCCGAGCCGCUGGAGACCCAGCCCCUCCUGGUUCAGCCGAACAGACACGACGAGGAGGGUGGUGGGACCAACGACGAGACGACGCGGAUGGGGCUUGCCAUGGUGCGGGCGUUCCGGAGCACGGCGGAUUUGGCCAAGCACCUGCCCACCGGCGCGGUUCUCGUCUUCGAGGUUCUGUCGCCGGUGUUCACCAACGGCGGCAAGUGCAACGACGUGAACCGCGUGAUGACGGCCUGGCUCGUUGGGCUCUGCGCCGCGGCGUGCUUCCUCCUCUGCUUCACGGACAGCUUCAUCGACGCCAGGGGGAAGACGCGGUACGUGGUGGUAACGCGCGCGGGCCCGUGGGUCAUCGACGGCUCGCCGCCGCCCCAGCUCGCCGCCACGUACCGGCUCAAGUUCAUGGACUUCUUCCACGCCGUCCUAUCGCUCAUCGUGUUCAUGUCCGUGGCCAUGUUCGACAAGAGCGUCGGCGCGUGCUUCAACCCGAUCAUGUCCUACGACACGAGGCAGGUGCUCACCGCCGUGCCGCUCGCCGGAGGCCUCGUCGGGACGCUGCUGUUUGCGACGUUCCCGUCGACGCGGCAUGGGAUCGGGUUCCCGGUGCUUGCCGCCUGAGAUACUCUGAUCCUUUCCGGGAAUAACCUGCUAUUUGCCGUCUUUUACGUCUCUUGUUGUCGGAUGUUUGUGGUGGUGUCAUCAUAGGGAUGAUCAACGAAGUAUCGUUCCUGGGAUAUGACUACCGGGUCAUUGUUUACAUAUU